UAGCUAAAAACGAAGUACAGUGCAACGCCAUAAUUCACUAAUACAUCAUAAAUCGUUGAAAGUACCCGCGUUAUAACGACCAAGAGAAAUCUAACAAAUCAAGCGCCCUUAGUACUCUACUGUAAGUCUGCAACUCUCUAAAACAAUCUAAAUGAGCUCUUACUUUGUAAACUCGUUCUCGGGGCGCUACCCAAAUGGCCCCGACUAUCAACUGCUAAAUUAUGGAACCAACAGCGGUGCAAUGAACGGCGGACCGUACAGGGACUCUUCAGCCGCCACCAUGCACCAUGCGACGGGCUCGUACGGCUACGGCUACAAUGGCAUAGACUUGACAGUAAAUAACCGUGGAGCGGGUAACAAUAACGUUGCUGCUACAGGAGGACAUUUCGGGGCUGGUUCGGUCGUCGGGGAUUCCCGAGGGUUUGGCUCCCCGACGCUGGAGAGAAACUUCCGACAGUCGACCAGCUGCUCCCUGGUCUCUGCGGCAGAUUCACUACUGUCGCCCGGCGGUGGGGACUCUAGCCUGGGAGUCAAGAGUUCAUCUCCCCGCUCAGAACAACAAGGAAGCGGUAAUCUCAGUUCUCCUAACCUCUCGUCCCCCAACAUAGCACAGCGGUUCAGCGAGCUGGACGACGCAUCGUCGGAGACCGAGGACGCACAGCAAAAUAGGGCAGGCGGCAACAGCAGCAACAACCCGGCGUCUAGGACUGUUCACGCACAAGCCGGACAAAAGCACGAGGGUCAUUUGGCAGGAUCAGCCGCAGCGACCACCAACAACACGGGGAUGACAGGCAACGACGCACAGUCACCGCAGAUCUUUCCCUGGAUGAGGAAACUGCAUAUUAGCCAUGAUAUGACGGGACCCGACGGAAAACGAGCGCGGACGGCGUAUACCCGUUAUCAGACGCUCGAGCUGGAGAAAGAGUUCCAUUUCAACCGGUACCUCACGCGUCGGCGGAGGAUAGAGAUAGCCCACGCGCUUUGCCUAUCUGAGCGACAGAUCAAAAUCUGGUUCCAGAACAGGAGGAUGAAGUGGAAGAAAGAUAACAAACUGAAAAGCAUGAGCAUUGCAGCAGCUGGAAGUGCAUUCCAGCCAUGAAACAUCUCUAAACGGGUCUUAGUUGAAAACAACAACAAAAAAUAGAAUGGGCCUACCCUAAAUAUGAAGAAAAACAAUAGAAGCAAAAGGGGGGGAAAAGCCGAUAUGAUUCAACAGAUUCCAUUUCUAAUUUUUUUUACUAUUAUCAUCAGAGUACUGUACAGCAGCGCAGCACUUUUAUUUGUUUAGCAUGUUGGUCGUUGUCGUUUCUUACUGUGGUACUUGCUUCUGUAACUUCAAGUUGUUGUUUCUAUACAUGAUGUCGUCGUUGAUAAUACUGAACACGUGAGAAAUGCUACCUAUUUGAUGCUACCUGUUGUUUAUUGUUAACAGUUCAUGAAAUGGCUCAUCUGUUAUAUUUUAUAUUUUGAGUAAAAAAAAGCUUUUUACAGAGUUGGGAUCUAAGCUCGUAUAGCUCGUAAAUUGUAACUUAUUUGCUGAUAAAUACGCGUGUAGUUUUAGUUUGUAUAGUUUAGAAACCUCUCGUUCUAGCGCUCUCUGACUGUGUUUCUUUCUCUCUCUCUCUCUCUCUCUCUCUCUCUCUCUCUCUCUCUCUCUCUCUCUCUCUCUCUCUCUCUCUCUCUCUCUCUCUCUCUCUCUCUCUCUCUCUCUUACUCUCUCUCUAUAUCUCUCUAUCUCUUUUUCUGUCUCUCUUUCUCUCUAUCUCUCCUCCCUCCUAAAAAUAUAAGUAGGCUAGUUUUUUAGACCUGGUCAUAUUUCCAGGGACUCCCGGUGUUGGUCACGUGAUCACCUUCCAUGCUAUAAUAAUGUUUGUGUCAUGUAAACCUCGCUAUCUUUAGAGAAAGAAGUUUGUGUGAACUAUUGCAGUACUAUUAUCUCCGUAUCAACACAAUAUGUGUUCAGAUAUUGAUUCGUGUAUUAUAUAUUAUUAUUAAUGUAAUUAUUGGAUCACGUAUAUGUUCCAGAGAGGAUGUACAUAUAUCAUAUUUGACUUUUUAGAUGUGACCAAUCGGCUAUUUGUUUUUCAGUUGUUUAUGUGUGUGUGUGUGUGUGUGUGUGUGUGUGUGUGUGUGUGUGUGUGUGUGUGUGUGUGUGCGUGCGUGCGUGCGCGCGCGUGCGUGCGUGCGUGCGUGCGAGUGAGUGUGUGUG